ACGGUUAUUCACCAAAAUGUUUUCGAUAAAACUAAUUUUUGUAGCAAUUCUUUGCCAUUUCACUUUAGGUUAUCCAUAUGUUAAAAAAUUAUCUCCAGAACAAGUACAUCGUUUGAAGACAUGGACUGAAGAUGAUAAACAAAAUAUUUGGGAAUUGAGUGGACAAGUGGAGGGAGAUAUGGUUCUUACCGAUAAUCAAAGAAAUGGACUUAUUGAAACCUAUUACAGAUGGACAAAUAAUGUAAUCCCAUAUGAAAUAGAUGCAGCAUUUACUGCCGAAGAAGCUGAAUGGAUUCAAUCAUCUUUAGAUGCUUACGCUGAAAAUAGUUGCGUAACCGUAAGAAGGAAAGUCGAAAGCGAUAUUGAUUAUAUCUACGUUACUGGUGAAGAUUCUGGAUGUUGGUCAUACGUUGGUCGUUUCGGUGGGAAACAAACAAUUAAUUUACAAAAAAGCGCAAUCGGAUCCGGUUGUUUAAGAAGUGGAACGAUCGUUCAUGAAUUUUUACACGCCGCUGGUUUUUAUCACCAACAAAGUGCAAGCGAUAGAGACGAUUUCGUCGAUAUUAUUUGGGAUAAUAUUCAACAAGGAACUGAAUCAAACUUUGCCAAAUACACAGAAGAUAAAGUAACCGAUUUUGGUGAAGGUUACGACUACGAUAGUGUAAUGCACUAUGGAGAGUAUGCUUUCUCUGCAAAUGGUGAAAGAACAAUUGUGCCCAAAGAUCCAACAGCUGUAAUUGGACAAAGAAUUGGAAUGAGUGAAAAGGAUAUCAAUAAACUAAAUAAAAUGUAUUGCUCUUAAAGAUAUCUUUGUAAUUACAUAAAAAUAAAUAUUGAAAGAUUUUA